AUGUCUGCGUUUGCCGAGGACGUAGAAACGGUUUUCUUAUGCCCUUACGAUAUUUCCAUGACGUCAGCGCAAGAAGCCGAAUUUCAUAAAGCCACUCAUUGCCACAUCUGUGAACAGCCGUUUAAGCCAGAGGACGUUAAAGUCCGUGACCAUUUUCAUUUGACUCCGGAGAAUAACUACAGGGGCGCCGCGCACAACGCGUGUAACAUUAAUUACAAGGAUGGGGUUGUUAUACCUGUUGUUUUUCACAACCUGAGCGGGUACGAUGCCCACUUUAUUUUGGAAAAUAUCGCGAAUGACCUGCCGGGUAGGGUUGAUGUACUUCCGAUAACUAAGGAAAAAUACAUUUCGUUUACCAAAAAUAUUGAUCAAAAUUUAAUUAAAUUCCGUUUUAUUGACUCUUUCCGUUUCAUGAAUUCCGCAUUAGAUACGUUAUCAUCAUACUUGAUCGAGUUUCCAAAUUUAAAAUCAGACUUUUCCGAACUAGCCGACGAUGAGUUUAAUUUAUUAACGAAAAAGGGGGUGUAUCCGUAUGACUUCAUGGAUAGCUUUGCUAAAUUUAAUAUCCAGUCUCUGCCGGAACCACACUUUUAUAACCGUUUAGAGGACAAGAACAUUUCGUCUAAACAGUUCGCGCACGCGCAAAAUGUUUGGAAUACAUUCAAAAUUCAAAAUUUAGGCGAGUACACGGACUUGAACAUGAAAACCGAUAUUUUACUUUUGGCUGACGUGUUUGAACAGUUUCGAAGCAGUUGUCUCAAGACAUAUGGCCUCGAUCCAGCGAAUUACUACACUCUACCUGGAUACACCUGGGCCUGUAUGCUGUUUAAGACACGCCAGACAUUAGAACUUUUGAUCGAUAUCGAUAUGGUAAUGUUUGUCGAACGGGGAAUUCGUGGAGGUCUAAGUCAAUGCUCUAAACGUAAAAGCGCGGCUAAUAAUAAGUAUCUUCCAAAUUUCGACCCGAGUAAACGGGUAAAGUGUUUAUCCUAUUUCGACAUUAACAAUCAAUACGGUAGGGCUAUGAGCCAGUACUUGCCAUACGGUGGGUUUGAGUGGGUAGAUUCCAACAUCGACGUUACCAGCGUAUCAGACACUUCAUCUGAAGGCUAUUUGCUUGAAGUUGAUUUGGAAUAUCCGGCUCAUCUACAUGACUCACAUCGCGACUUACCUUUCUGUCCCGAACAUAGCGCUCCUCCCGGAUAUAAACAUUUUAAACUUUUGGCAACUUUACACAAUAAGACCCGGUACGUUAUUCACUAUAGAGCUUUAAAACAAGCUCUUAAACACGGACUCAAACUUACGAAAAUUCAUCGCGUAUUGAAAUUUAAGCAGUCUCCAUGGCGUAUGUCUUACAUCGAUCUGAAUACCGCGUUACGUCAGGCAGCUAAAAACGAGUUUGAAAAAAAUUUGUUCAAGCUAAUGAAUAAUGCAGUAUUAGGAAAAACCAUGGAGAACAUCCGCAAGCAUUCGAUAGUCAAAUUAGUAAACAAAUGGGACGGGCGUUAUGGUGCGGAGGCAUUGAUAUCUAAACCGGAGUUCAAAGCGGCUACCAUUUUCAACGAGAAUUUGGUUGCUGUUGAGUUAAAUAAGACCGAGGUCUUCUUCAACAAGCCGAUAUACGUUGGUAUGUCGAUCUUGGACCUAGCCAAAACCACCAUAUACGAUUUUCAUUAUGACUAUAUGGCGCCCGAGUUUGGGAACGACUGCUCAGUCCUUUAUACCGACACCGACUCGCUGAUAUAUGAAAUCACAAAUAAAGACGUCUAUGAAGUCGUGCGUCGCGAUUGUCACACUCGGUUCGAUACUUCAGACUAUCCCGCCGAUAACAGGUACAACAUCCCUCAAGUCAAUAAAAAAGUCUUGGGUAUGAUGAAAGAUGAGUUUAACGGUAUGCCUAUGGAACUUUUCGUAGGUCUUAGGUCCAAAAUGUAUACCGUUAAACGAUCUGAUGGCGAUGACGUGGCUUUAACAAAGAAAAUUAAGGGUAUAAAAAAAUCGGUAAUCAACAACUUCAUCACGCUCGAGGAUUACCUCGAGUGUGUCGAUAAUUUCAAAAAUAAAUAUAUUCAGCAAAAUUUGAUAAAAUCAGAAAAACAUGCAGUCUUCACAAUGACUCAUCAUGAAAAAAUAGCUUUGAGUCCGCACGACGAUAAGCGAUACUUGAUAAAGGGAUCGUAUGAGACGCUGCCAUGGGGGCACUACAGUAUUAUGGAAUAA